AUGUCUGACUUUUCACCUCUUCAUGCUGUUGUUUCAUCAACCUUAUUGAAUCCAAGCACCACACCAACCAUUCCAACAACAACAGUUGCAGCAGCAGAAUCUGCUGUUACCUGUUCCCCAACGGUGGUCGUAGGAGAUCAGCAACGAUCUUCACCUCAGCAUUCUCAUUCAAACCAUUCAUCCAUGUUCGUUCUGGCUCCCAUACGAGAUGAAACGUUAGAUCAUGAUUCUGAUGAGAGAGGAAACUCUGAGAAUUCAUCUUAUCCAGCGUUGACACGAGGAGGUCUUGAUUUAAGCUCCAACCACAUGAACGACCACUCUCCUGUAAAUACUUGUCAUCCAUCCACUAUUCAUAGUGGCCAUUCCAUGAUGAUCAUGGAUACUACUAACAGUGAGGAUAUCCAUCAAGAGGAUGAAGAUGAUGAGAGUGUUCCUCACAAUCACUGCUCUAAUACUUGUACUAACCGUACGAGCCAAGUAGACGAAGAGGGAAACACGACCAUGAGACUUACACCCACUACUCACCACCAUGAAGGAGCAAUCACCCAAAAGGAUAUGCAAGCAAUACAGUACAACACAGGUGGAGAAGUUACCGCUACCACUCCUUCCCUUAAUGCUCUCUCAAGCACGAUCACACCAUCCAAAACUCCAACGUAUGGCAUUCUUCCAUUCAGUAAUCUUAGUCUGGAGAGUAGUAGUGGUGGUGGUACUGGUGGUGGCACUGGUGGUGGUACUAGUGGUUCUAUUAUUGGGGCAACACAAAGCAGCAGCACCUCGGACCAUAGUACCACGAUUACUUCUUCGAGUGGUGGUAGUGGAGGAGGUAGUAGUGGCCUGAAUCAUCACACUUCUACGGAAACACCCAUAUUGCCCUCCAUUCGCAGCUACUUCCAACCUAUUCACUGCUCAUUGCUCAAUGAUCCCUCGCCAAACAGUGCUGCUUCAGUUCCCUUGUUUAGUAUCUCAGGUAAUUCGUUUGUGGUUGGACCAGGUACCUCAUCUUCUUCAUCGUCGUACACUCCCAUUCCAAACAAUAAUGGCUCAUUGUCUUCAGAGAUGACUUUAGAACCACCGAAAGUUAGCACCAGUAGUAAUGGUAGUAGUGGCAUGAAUGGUUAUUUCCAUUCAGUGUCAACCACUCCAACAUAUUCGGGCGUCGGUGGUGGUAGUGGUAUCCUUGGAGGAUCUGCUCUGAACAAUCCUUUCAGCACUUCUACUGCAACUCAGUCAUCCUCUUUUGGGGGAGUCGGUAAUCCAAAUGGUCCUAGUAGUCAUUCAAUGCCUUCUUCAUGUGGUAGUAGUGGUAAUAUUCCUAGAAGCAUGAAUGGCCACUCGAGAAGCACUUCCACAGGUGAAUGCACACCCACGAGAACUUCCUUUAGCUUUAACAUUACUCCAAACAAAACUAUGAACAUGUUCAUGACAAGUCCAACCUACACUGGAGCACAGCCACCACCACCACCGCUGCCAACCACUACUGCCACUACUACAACUACCACGAGUGGCACCACUUGCAUGCCAAUGGCGAAUACGGUCGAUGGAAACUGCAAGUCAAGUCCCAAAUUAUUAGGAAAGAGAAAUUCACAAAAUUUCACUUUGAGUCCAUCCAACUCAGCAUUCACACCCUAUGUACCAGAAAAUUCUCCAUGCAGCAGCGCCACCACAUCAUCGACUUCAGGAAAAUCCACCAAAAGGUAUUCCUUCUCAAGCUACACUCCCCUCUCCUUGAAUUCUCCAUCGAAAACAUCGAGACCUUCGUUCGUUAAUGGUGGAGGAAAUAACAACAACAACUUGGCAGGAUCUUCCAAUGCCAUUCAAUUGUCCGUUUCAUCCACAAGCUUGUCCUCUUCCAUGUUGGAUUCGAACGGAGGAAGCAAUGGCACUAAUGGCACUAACAAUCAUCACAACUCGACUGUCUUUCUUGACUUUCCACCCACUCGUCGAUCCAGCUUUAAGGAAAUUCCAAUUGAUUCCAUCAUUCAGAAUUUACAUUUACCACAAAAAGAAGCAGCCAAAGCAUUGGGAGUGAGUGUGAGCACUCUCAAGAGAAGAUUCUAUAGUGUGAGGGAACAGAUUGGUAUUGAAAAGUGGCCAACCAUUACCUUGUCUAAGGUUGAGACUGGAGCCUUAUUUGUAACUUCCACUACCACAACCACAACAACAACUAUUCCAUCAAAUAAUAGUAAUAAUGGCAGCAUUAGCUCAACCACUGCUGUACAGCAGCAGCAACAAUUACACACGAAUAGAGAAGAAAAGUCCAACCAUCACAAGAAUUUGCAUUCACCAACCAUGGGGAGAUCAUCAUCGACGUCUUCUGGCCUUUUGGUUUCAGGUCCUCCCUCCAUUCCACCACAGAAAACAGUAGAGACUAACUUGGUCUCCAAUGUGAUCAUGAGUAAGCAAAUGAGUCAAGUGAACGGUGGGCUAACAUCCUCUCCUCAAUUCCAUGGUACUGGACUCAAUUCAUAUGGAUCUACAAAUCCUUUCAUGAUGAGUGGUAGUAGUAGCCUAUCCUCGAGUAGUAAUCAUCAGUCGGUUUCAUGUGCACCAAGUCAGAAUAGUUCUUAUGUGGUGUCUGCCACCUCCACAACAAGCUCCAUCGGCUCGGUUCCUUUGGGAGGCAAUCCAAUUGCCACUUUCAAUCAUUCCAACAAUCAGUAG